AUGGUGAAAGUAACUGCAGCCUGUAUUAUUAUUGGUGAUGAAGUGCUGAAUGGAAAAGUUGUUGAUACGAAUUCCACUUUUUUCGCGAAAUACUGCUUUGACCAUGGAAUCCAAUUAAAAGAAAUCGCAACCAUAGGAGAUGAUGAAACCCAGAUCGUAGAUACUGUGAGAAGGUUGGUCAAAAAUUACGAUUUUAUCAUUAGUACAGGUGGGAUCGGUCCCACCCAUGAUGAUAUUACUUAUGAAUGUAUGGCGAAAAGUUUUAAGUUGCCUUGUGAACUAGAUGAAGAAUGCAAAGAACGGAUGAGGCAUAAAUCUGACCCCGAGGCAAGGCUUGAUUCUGAUGCUCUGAAGGCACAUUACCAAAUGGCAACUAUGCCGAAAGGUACAAACGUUAGAAACUAUUACGUCUGCGAUGACUUGUGGGUACCUAUUUGUUCCAUAUCUCACAAGGUCUACAUACUACCCGGUAUCCCUCAACUAUUUGCAAGAAUGCUAAAAGCAUUCACUCCCACAUUGAAAAAAAUAUAUAAUUUGGAUAAGGAUCCACGUGAAUACGUUCGUUAUUUUGUCAGAACACAUCUAACUGAGUCCCAAAUUUCUAAAGAGUUAAAAUUGAUUCAAGAUGAAUCAGAAAAAGUUUCAGAUGCAAUUAAAAUAGGCUCAUACCCACAUUUCGGUAUGGGUUUCAAUACAGUUAGUAUAUUGGGUGAAAAGAAAGACGAUUCAUAUCUAAAAGGCAUUGUCAAUAGAGUGGUUAAUAAUCUCGAGGGAGAAGUAAUCUCUUCUGAACUCGAAGAUAAGUUCUCUAACCAGGAGAGCUGA